AUGGCAAGGUCGCCUAAGGAUGAUCCAAUAUACAACGAUAUGAAGCACAAUACAUGGAACUAUCAUGCGGAAAACGCUGGAAACUGUGUACCUGAUGCUUUAAAUGAGAGAAAACCGCCACAGAUCUCGCCCAACCCGAGUGUCAUGAACGAUAAUAGUAUUUACGUCAACCCGAGUUUCGGCAAUGAAGUUUAUUUGAACAAACACGCUUACAACGUGCAGUCUGGUGAUGCCGCCGCCAAUACAGAUGAGAAGAUUCCUUUCAAUAACAUGCCUAACGUUCCUCGCGCCAAUCAAAAUUACGGUAACGCUAUGCUCAAAUUGAGUAAUGGUCAGUCAGUGCGUGUGUUUUACGACGAGAACAAUCAACAGCUUAUAUUCCCAAUGUCGGCCGGUCAGUAUGAACUAUUCAACCACAAUCAGGGAGUGCGUGACAUCCCCUUACAGAUGCCCCAGCCCUCACACAUGUUUACACUGAACCAGGACUUUGCUAUGAACAAUAACAAUGUCCACACACCAACAACUGUUAACCAAACAACUUAUCCUGAAAAUGUGACCAGUCAGUCUCCUACAUCUAAUUUCCUCAAAGAUUUGUUGGGUAAUUUGGAGCCUAAUUCAACUGGCACAUACUCACCAUUUGGACAGAAUUACCCCCUCAAUCAUCCAGAUGCAUCAAACAUGAAUAUUCUUACAAACAACCCUGUAAUAGAACCUCCAAAGAACCAACCUAUAAAGGUAGAAAAUUCACCAAAAAGGAAUGAAAACAGUCCCCUUGCUGACACAAGCAAUAAGAAGCGGAUUGUAGCAGAAGUGAAACCAAUGCGUCCUUCAUACUCUGAUGUGUUAGCUAAGAAUACUAAAAACACUUCUCCUACUGAGACUACUCGUAAAGUGAAGCCUCAGAAUAUAGAAACCAAGCCGAUGAAUAAUAAAACAAACUCUAAACCAGAGAAGCCAACUAACAUAAAACAGGAUGACAACAAACAUAAGAGUGAGAAAAAACAGAACACAAACACUAUAUCUUCUGGCAGUGAGUCGGGAGAUAUAAACACAGACGACAAUGAGAAGCGUCAGAAGCCAAACAAGAAGUCUAAGAACAAACGUAACAACAUUUCUCGUAAAUGGUCAUCUCUGGACGACAUUACUAAUGAAGAAGAGUCUGGCUACACACAUGACAGUGAAAGUCAGUUUGUAUUCAUUGAGAAUCCAGAGAAGCCAUUGAAAAAGGAGAAGAAAUCAGACAGUAAAUCAAAGGGAUCGGACAAGAAUGCAGCGACAGAGGAUGAAUACAAGCUGGAUGAGGAAGAUGAUCAACUACAAUUUGUUAUUCAGGAGGGUCAGGGAGAAAGUGGAAAGGCUAAAAAGAAGAAGGAUGGACGUAAUUAUCAUAAAGCUACAAAGCCUGUGCAGGACAAGAAGAAAAAUCUUUCAAAGCUGAGGAGGAACAAACCAGGCUACUUAGGGUUGGCACAGAAUUAUUUGGAGCACUGGGGUGGAGCGACAUGGAAGGCACUUGUGUGGUUCAUGUAUCUACUGUCAGAUAUAUGCCGCAUGAGUUUCCAUUUGUCAUUUGAUUUAUGCACAUCGGUGUUUACCCAGACAUAUGUGAGUUCCCAAGCAGUGUGGCGCAGCACCAAGGACUGGAUGAGCAAGCUCAGUGACAACAAAUACUUCUUGUACAUCGACAGAAAGUUUGGGCACACCAAGCUUGGCUUCUGGCGGAAAUUGAAAUGGUUUAAAAAGGUGGAAUUAGAAACGGACAAUGGAAAUGAUUCGACAAAGCUGAACGCGAACAUACCUUUGCCCGCAACUGGGGAAGAAGCUAUGAAGAGACUGUUAGCAUGCAAAGGGAAAGAUCCUUACAGUAUACUGGGAGUAAGUGUGACGUGCACAGACGAGGAAAUAAAGCGCUACUACAGACGGCAAGCGUUCCUCGUGCACCCAGACAAGAACCAACAGCCCGGCGCUGAAGAGGCUUUCAAAAUACUACAACACGCCUUUGACCUUAUUGGGGAGCCGGAGCGCAGAGAAGCGUACGAGCGUCGUGCGUUAGAGUCCCGGCACGUGGAGGCGGCGUGGAGCGAGCUCAGUCAGCUACUCGCGCAGCUACAUGAUAAGAUGGAGUUCGCAGCUAAUACUAUCAGAUGUACAAACUGCGGGCGUCGUCACAAGCGUGUGCUGACGGACCGACCGUGCUACGCAGCGCGAUACUGUGUACAGUGCAAGAUCAGACAUUCUGCUAAAGAGGGCGACAUAUGGGCGGAGUCGAGUAUGAUGGGUCUGCUGGUGAUGUACUACGCCUGCAUGGACGGCGCCGUUUACCAGAUCACACAGUGGGCUAGCUGCCAGAAAAAGAACCUGAAGCAGCUAAGGCCUGACUGUCACGUGGUCCAGUACCGCAUCGUCCUCGGGAACAAGGCGGCCGCGGCCUCAGACAUCAACCAGAGACCUUCUACUGGGCACGAUCCUAACCUCGAAGAGUUCUUGAACAACCUGUACAGCAAGUCCGGUGUAUCAGCCAACACGACAAGCCCCAAGCAGUCGCCGCCAGACACCACAGACGCUAAAAAGCGACGCAAUAAAAAACCUAAAGCAUAA